AUGUUCAUUCAAUUAAGAUCAUUCUCUUCUAUGAGAACAGUUUUACAAAAUGUGACAAGAACAAGAAUAGUGCCAACUUUACCAACAUUCUAUUCAGCUAAUCCUGUUCAUGAAAAUAACAUCAACAGAUUAGAAUAUCUACUAAGUAAAUAUUCUAAAAUACCUCGUAAGUUAAAUAUAUCUGAUCCAUUACUAAUGGCAAGAGAAAAAAAAACUGCUGUUCAUUGGAUUACAUUAGAGGAGUACAGAGACAUCACUGGGUCUGGGGUAAGAUUGAAACCUACACAAUAUAAACAGUUAAUCUAUUAUCUAAACAAACUAAACUCCUUAGAUCCAGAAUUAAUUAGUGAGGAAGUAAGAUUGGAAAUGGAUAAAUAUAAUAGAGACAAAUCGACAUUUUCUAAGAGGGGUCCUACUCAUGAUGGUACAUAUAGGAUCCCGGAAUUAGAUUCCCAGGGUAGAUCAAUUGCUGUUGGCAGACGUAAAUCUGCAAGUGCCAAAUGUUACACUGUGAGAGGCGAAGGAUUGAUAUUGGUUAACAACCGUCCAUUGAAUGACUAUUUUGUCAACAUUAAAGAUAGAGAAGCCAUAAUGUACCCAUUACAAGUCAUCCAAGGUGUCGGCAAGUUCAAUAUCUACGCUUUAACCUCCGGUGGUGGAUGCACUGGUCAAGCUGAUGCUAUAAGUCUAGCAUUAGGGAAAUCAUUAUUGGCAUUUAAUCCACUUUGGAAAUCCCGUUUACACAAAGCUGGUUGUUUGACUACUGAUUACAGACGUGUGGAGAGAAAGAAACCAGGUAAAGUCAAGGCUAGAAAGAUGCCAACUUGGGUCAAACGUUAA